AAGAAACAAAAGCAAAUUUUAAUGUGAAAUUUGUCAUUAGCUUUCUCACCACCACAUCACCUACAUAAAUGCUUAUCCUCUUUCCUUUUGAUUUCAUAUACCUCUCCAACUCAUCCCCCUCUCUCAAUCUCCUCCUAAUACCUCUCUCUCUCACUCUCUCUCUCUCUCUCUCUCUCUCUCUCUCUCUCUCAAUUUCCACAACUAUGUUGGAUUCAACAUUGGAGUUGAUCAGUCAAGCUGCUUCAAACUCUCUCCUGGUCUUCUGCUUCUGCAACUUGAUCAUAGUCAUAAUUCUUGUGGGCUUGAAACCCGUCUCCACUGCUCACCAACAAGUCAAUAACAGAAAUUCAAAUCCCAGAGGAGGUGGUGAAGCUGCUCCUAAACAAGUCAAAAACAGCAUGGUGAAAAAUGACUUGAUUGAAGGUGUACUUGAAGAGUCAAAUGCCCAGAAAGCAGCAGAGGAUGUGGAUGAUGAAGGACGGAACAGAAACAAUGAUAAUGAUGGCCAUGGAAACGACCGGGACGAAAAAGAAGAAGAUGAUGAUGAUGAUGAGUUGAGGAAAAAAGUUGAAGAAUUUAUUGAAAAGGUUAAUGAAGGAUGGAAGGCUGAAGUUUUGACAAGUCUAAAGACUUCUAUAUGAGUUUCAGAGUUUGCAUAAUUGUAUUAGCAUUUAACUUUUCCUCGCCAGGUAAUUAAGCCAAAGUUUUCUAUGUGCAACUGCCAUGGGGUAAAAAAGGAUUUAUAUAUAAAUAAAAUAUAUGUAUAAAUAUAAAAGUUGAGAUCAAAUCUAUAUUUCUGAAAUGGGUGUUCUGCAAUUGCUUCAAACUUGUAUAACUUGCUUCUUAUGUUUGAGACUCUAGUUCUGUAAUUAAUUUAAAGAAAAACCAGCAUGUGGAAUCAAUGCUAUGUAGUUUCAGAUUUUAUUUCUUUA